GGCGCGCCCGGGGCGGGGCGAGGCGGUGGCAUGUGGCGGGGAGCUGGGCGGCCCGGCUCCGCUCCUUCCCCGAGGGGGCCGCGCUGGCGCCGGGCGUGCGGCUGCCGCCUCCGCCGCCGGGGUUAGCGCCGCUUCCGCCCCGCUGCCCUGCGGCCGUGCCCUCCGCCGGUCUCCGCCACGUCGCUUGGCAAAGAAAAAUCCUGUCUUAGGAUCCUGUCAAGCAAGGUGCCUCGAUGUCCUCCACGUUAGCUGACUGAAUCCCUGCCAGGCUUGGUCAUGCAACAGAAGGCUUGCUUCCUGAUAAACCUCUGCCUUCUCAGGGAAGACUCCUGGCACAGACUUUUCAAAGGCGAUGGGAAUAAUUUGCAAGCGCAAUUUCAAGCGUCAGUCAUGAAGAACAUCCAUGCUGAAGGCCUGAUAAUGUAUUUAAAACGUCUGGCUGCAUACCCUGGUUUACAGGGUUAGGUAUAUUGCAGUGGAUCUGAAAGUGAUAUAAGAAAGAAUCGGUCCCGGGGAGAGAAGCCUUCCUGCAAGGCCAACCCUGAAGAUGUGGACUGCCAUUGUAUUCUUCCUGCUGAUUUCCUUCUGUAUAUGUGAACACAGGUUUUCUGUCCUGAAAGGCAGAGGAGUCCACAUAGUGCAAAUAAACAGACUUACAACUGAAAAGCAGUGCAGGCAGGCUUGUCGAAGCCCAGGUACUUCAGGUAACCAUCACUGUAAUUGGUCUGUGCCCUAUCAGAAUCACUGCAUCCUUUUGCGGUGUCACCAGCUGAGCGUGUGCCAGAAUGUUGGAGAGGAAGAUAUCAAAGAUCUGCUUGGAGAAAUUGUCAGAAGGAAAAGGGAAACAGUCCUGUUUCACCACCAAGGCUAUCCACAGAAAAAGGAGAGGAUGGUGAAUGCACGGGUUGACCGACACAACAUGGAAAACCUGUUUUCCUCAACUGCUCGGACUCACAAGAUUCACUUCAGGCACUUGCUUGAGUACAAGAGUGAAGAUGUAACAACAAAUGCAACCACUGAGACGACCACCACUGCAACGACUGCCACUGAGACGACCAUCACUGCGACGACCACCACUGCAACGACUGCCACUGGGAUGGUCACCACUGCCACAGCUGUAACAACAAACGUUACAAAUGCAACUGUCCUCACUACAGCUUACAAAACAACUGCCAAUGGCUCAAAUGCCCCUGGAGGUUCUUAUCUCCGUGAUGAAGCCAUGUCAUCCAAUGCUUCUGCUCCUACUUAUGGUAACAUCUCUGUUUCCGCGUCCAGCCCUGUCACCAAGCUUGUGACCACCACUGAAAAAUCAGGAAAUAAUAGCGCUGUCUCAGUGUUGUCCCUCUCUUCUUCUGCUCCCCUCACUCUCAUUUCUGAAGCAAAUACUCAAAUGCGUCAAACAGAGCGGUUUAACCCAGACACCACCACCAGCAGCCCUCCUCGCUCUAGUAGCCCCACCACUGUUGGAGCUGGCCAGAAGACACUGAACACAUCAUUGACCACCCUCAUCCCACAGGAUGCAGGAACGUCUUCCACUGCUUCCACUCAUGCCAUGGUUUUAACUACUGCUUCUACAGCAGUAACUACGGCUGCGCAUCGGAUAAAGUCAACGCCUCACGCUUUUUCAACAACCACAGCUCCAGCAGAUGCACCCAAAACAACAGCUUCGGGCCUUGCAGAAACUCGGGACAGGGAUAAUGAGUAUCUUCUCAUUGCUGCCGAGCCCCUGACUCAGUACUUGGUGGAUAAGAGUUCGCUUCUUGCAGUUCUUCUGGUUGGUACGUUUUUUUUCAUAACUGUUAUAGUUCUUUUCCUUAUGCAGGCCUACGAGAGCUACAAGAAGAAGGACUAUACACAAGUGGAUUACCUUAUCAAUGGAAUGUAUGUGGACUCGGAAAUAUGAAAGGGUGGGGAAAAAAACGUGGGCAGAGAGAUGGAAAGGAGACUGACAGCCUGCCUGACUUGUUUUUGGGUUUGGUUUUUUUUCCUAUUUGCCUAUAACACAAAUUGAAAGUGCUUCCAAAUUUACUUCUGGUGCAAUUGAGGAGAAAUGCCAUGUACUGUAUUAUGAAAAAAUAUAUAUAUUUUUUAUUCAACUGUGCAGCAGGUUGCUGUAAAAAAAAAAAAAAAAAAAGAAAGUAUAAUUUUUAAACUUCCAUAAUGCACGAUAGCUUUUGCCAUUAUUUUUCAUUGCAAAAAAACCUAACAAGAAGUAAGCCAUCAUGCUCGGAAAAUGCUGUGGCGCUUUUUCAACUGUUUACAGCGCAAGUUCCUUGUGUUUCAUUUGUUUCACAUGUGCUCCUCUGAAAAGAGAGCAAAGGAUGCUCUCACCUUUUGCAAAGUGCUCUGAAUUUGCCGGAUGAGAAGCGUGGGGAAUUGCUGCAACAGGGAACUUCUGAUCCAAUGUGUGUCAUGUUUCGGUAUGCUUCUUGCUUGUAAGGAGGUCUGUUUACAAGGCAUUGUAAGCUCUGUUUACUGCUAACCCAAGAUAUCUUUUCACCGUGGAGCAGAUGGUUUAAGAGCCUCUGCACUUAAAUGAUCUUAUUUUUGUAUUCACUUAAUAAAAGGGCCC